AUGGCAGCACGCCUGGCUAAUGGGACGUCGGAGGCAGGGCGCUUGGAGAUAUUGUUCAACGGAGAAUGGAGCACAGUGUGUGGUGCGGGAUUUGGAAAAAAAGAAGCUCAAGUGGCUUGUAGGAUGCUGGGAUUUAACAGCACUGGAGCAGCAGAUAUCAUCUCAGAAAGAUAUGGUCCAGGUGCAGAUCACGUUAGUGUAUAUGUGGCCUGUCAAGGAACAGAAUCCAGUUUGGUGGAGUGCAUACUCAUACUUCUUCAUUCCCUCAUCUGCCCCACAUAUAACGUUGGUGUCAUCUGUAACAUCACUCAGCAGAUGUCAGCUCGUGUAGUUAACGGAACGUCAGAUGCAGGACGUUUAGAGAUAUUUUUUAACAGAGAAUGGAGCACGGUGUGUAACAGAGGAUUUGGACAGAGAGAGGCAAAGGCAGCCUGCAGGAUGCUGGGAUUCAACAGCAAUGAAGCUGUUGCUGUAAGUUCAGCGAGAUACGGACAAGGGUCAGACAACAUUCUCCUUCAAGACGUGGUGUGUAAAGGGAAUGAAACCAGUCUGGAAGAGUGUCAACACAAUGUGUUAUACGGCGGCAGCUGUUCUCAUUCUGAGGAUAUUGGUAUCAUCUGUAAUAUCAGUGAGCCGAUGACUGCACGUCUGGUUAACGGGACGUCAGAAGCUGGGCGUCUUGAGAUCUUUUUCAACCGAGAAUGGAGCACAGUGUGUGGUGUGAGAUUUGGAAAGAAUGAGGCUCGGGUGUCCUGCAGAAUGCUAGGAUUUAACAGCACCGGCUCAGUAGCUGUGAGUUCAGACAGAUAUGGUCAAGGAACUGGGUACAUUCUUGACGCUGGCCGUUGUAAUGGAACGGAAGACAGUCUAGUACAGUGCGACCAUCAGGGUUUCUAUACCAGCGACUGUGACUCCUUGAAGGAUGUCGGCGUCAUCUGUAACAUCAAUCGUGACAAGAUACGUUUAACUGGAAUGCCUCGUGCUAAACUCAAAUGGGUCGUGUGGGAGAUGAAGGUUGGGCAGUGA